GUUCGGGACGAAAGGCUUCACUACUCAAACCUUCCCGCAUCACAAUGUGCACUGUAAAGUAUUGACAGCAUUGCCGGUUCAUCAGGUUCUGAAAGUUCAAAUAUGUCAUUCGGAAUAUCUAUAGUCUCGUGCAAACACUAUUCCAUCCACGCAAUGCUCAAUGCUCGAUUCUCAAUGCCCGUCAAUCACGAGCCAUGGUCUCCCCCGGUGCAGCCGCCUUAGCGGCCCUGUUUACGACCGUCUGUUCUGUUCUUUUACCCGCGACCGCUUCAGGUCAGCUGGUCUUGUUGUUGGCCCCCAAACACAGCGAUCUGUUUGUCGGAUUCCCCGGCCAUGGCCUCCUUUGGAAGGCGUUGCAGGCGGCCCUCGGCACAUCAAUUCUUGUCCUCCUGUUCCUCUGGUCUCUUAGGGCAACUGGUGGGACAUUCGAGCCAUCUUGUUGCACUGGGUCUGAAAAGGUCUCUCUCUAUCCAUGCCGGACAACCCAUUCGCGACUACUCCCAAAACAGCACUCGUUCUCAUACUCGUACUUGUUGGUCGGUAUCCCGGUGAGCUUCGAGGGGAAUGCGGGGGGCAUGGUCUCGGUUCGGGCCAAAGCCAGGCCGGGCCUUUUGUCCUGGUUCCCAAUAGGCUUUUUUGGGGGCUGGUUCACCGUUGAUGCGGGCGAUUACUUGGAGCGUGGCAAGUCCGAGUUGAGUCUGCGGGAGAAGUUGGACAGAUACCUUCUAAAUCAGGGGGUCUGUCCGAAAACUUACCCGUAUGCAUACUUGAUUACUGCAGCCCGCUUCUUGGGCUACCACUUCAAUCCCGUCUCGUUUUGGUACCUCUACGAUGCCAGAAAGCACCUGGCAGCCAUGAUCCUAGAAGUCAACAACACGUUUGAUGAAAGGCGCAUGUAUUUCCUGACUGAGGAGAGCUUCUCGGAGAGCCAGAGCGACGGAUUCUCGACUUGCAGCUGCGGGGGACAGCAGAGCAAGCGCCCCUCUCAGAGAGUUUCAUGCGAACGCACUUUCAGGCAGGCAUGGCCGAAGGACUUCCACGUCUCACCUUUCAACUCCCGCAAGGGCUCGUACACUCUCACAGCAUCCGACCCCCUAGCCAGCGUCGGCGUGCAAGGCAUGGCGGCUCCAAUCAGCAUCACCAUCACUCUUCUCUCGUCCAAAGGCGAUCCCAAGAUGGUGGCCACCCUAUCCUCCGCUGGUGACCCACUCGAACCCUCCACCAUGACUAGCAGGCAAAAGGCCUGCUUCCUGGCCUCUUGGUGGCACGUCGGCUUCCUCACCUACCCACGCAUCUUGAAGCAAGCUGCCGCCCUCUUCUUCCGCCACAGACUGCGCGUGUGGUUCCGGCCGGAACCGCUGAAAGGCACUCUCAGCCGGCGGGCGACCGCGACGGAGCGGCAGCUGGAGGCCGUCUUUCGGCGCUAUCUGCAGCAUCUGGUUGAGCAGGCACAAGUGGCCUUGGAAGUGAAGUACAUCGCAGCAGCUGGGAUAUUGUUGGACAAGGAUGUCCGUGUGUUCACCUCGCCGGCUGCGCGAGAGAAGAGAGCGGAGAAGCGAGGGACCGGUUCGAUCGCCGUCACCGAAGAACUCGAGCUCGCGGUGCUAACGCCCGCUUUCUACACCCGCUUCGUCCGGUACCAACGAAAUGGUCUCAAUUCCUUUUUGCGUGAGCUGAACGAGGCACGCACAAUUUGGUUGUCUCGUCCGGAGCUACUUCGGGGCCUGUUCGCAUCUCAAAAGAAGGAGAGCAAACCAUGUUCAACCAAUACCGCUCCUUCAUGCUCAGCCGGCUUGUUGCCGCCCGGGUUCUGGGAGCUUGUCUGUUUCAGGGUGAUACCAUAUCUGAGGUCCGGAAAUGUCCUUGGGUUGUCGGAGUUGGAUGAGUAUGUUAUGCAGCACGACUCGGAGAGGGAGCGGGAGAGGUAUGGGAGGUGCGUGCUUCAGGUAAUGCUGGCGGACCGAAUCACGCUUCGGAGCGUGGCUGGGCUGAAAGUGCUAGAAUUUGUAGUGCUGGUGUACUUGACUUGGUGGUUGUUGGGAUUUGUCCUUGGGUGGUGCGUGAAGGUAAGCCUCGACUAGGUUGGGCAAUGGGUACUGCGUCUCUUGGUAGCAACAACUCUCGAUAGUCUUGUAUGCAAGGCCCCUCGGUUUGUCCAAGCCAAU